UCUAUUUCACUUUCUCUCCAACACAUGGAUAUGUUUACUACAAACAACUCUUGUUCUUCCUCUGACACUUCAUUGCAGAAUUCAGAUGGCUCUCAUUGGAUGUCAGUGUCAAACGAAGAAAUUCGGUUAGCUGCGACUACCCCGAAGAAGCCUGCAGGUAGGAAGAAGUUCAAGGAGACUCGCCAUCCGGUGUAUAGAGGUGUGAGGAGAAGAAACAAUGAUAAAUGGGUAUGUGAAAUGAGAGAACCUAACAAGAAAACUAAAAUUUGGUUAGGAACUUUUCCAACAGCCGAGAUGGCCGCCCGAGCACACGAUGUUGCUGCAUUGGCAUUAAGGGGCCGCUACGCCUGUCUCAAUUUCGCAGACUCAACGUGGCGACUCCCUAAGCCAGCUAGUACUGAGACAAAAGAUAUACAAAAGGCGGCUGCAGAAGCAGCUGAGGCUUUUAGAUCAGACCAGACUUUACCGACUAAUGAUGUUGACAAGACUUUAACGGUUAACGACAUUGAGACGACGGUAGAUGCACCCACCACAGAAGAGCAGAAUAUGCUUUCUAUGGAAGUGGAAGAAGAGGGAGAGAUGAGCAUGACAGAGAUGUGGAGGAAUAUGGCAUUAAUGUCUCCAACACAUAGUUUUGGAUAUCACGAUGAGUAUCAAUAUAUUGAUGAACAAGACUAUCAAGAUCAAGAGAUAUCACUAUGGACUUUUUAAAAUUGGAUAUUUUUGGUUUACAUUUAUUUAUUUAUUUAUCUCUGGAUUGUAGAAUGGAAAUUGAGAAAGAAACCCUUUUUGUAUCCUUUUCUGGGAGUGUAGUCAUUUGUCAAGCAUAAAGUGCAUUUCAUCCCUUUUAUUCUAUAAAUAUCUGUCUAUGCAUGUAUCUAUAUUGGCACUUGGUUGCAAUUUCAACUUUGUACAUAAAAAUAAUAUUGUAACCUAUUGCUACCCUUGCUUAGGUAAUUACAUUAAGAUGAAGGAAGUAAAAUCAGUGGCUCUCUACAGAAACC